ACCUUUUGUCAGUUUUUUGUUGUAGCCUUGUCCUCUCUAUACUUUCCAACUCUAGUGUUGGAUAUAAGAUUAUUUCUUCUUUGCAGUUCACAGUGGUACAAAGACUAUUCCUUGAGCCUAUUUUGCGUAGAAGGAAAGGCUAUGGUUCUUACACAGAAAGCCAACAGAAUUAUUUCUACUGAAACUGGAAAACGACCAUUUUACACAUUGUGUGAAGCAGUUUUCCAAGGUUUUGAGAGGCUAACAAAGGAAGAUUCUGAGAACGAGAACGAGUCAAAAACUGGUUGUAGCAAAACCGUUCUUGAUUUGUAAUCAAAAUAGCGUCACAAGUAUUUUGAAAUUUACCUUGCAGAGACAAGAUUGAUCAAACUCAACUCUUUGAAAAGGCACAGUGUCGAUACCAUGCAAGAUACUAUACCUCCAUCCAAUUGGAAAUUACACAAUAGUUUAAAAGGGGCCAGUGUUGUUAAGGCUUUGAACUUGUUGGACAAGUGGACUUCUAUUAUCUACGUUUCUUUUUUAAGCCUUGCAGUUCAUUCCUUUAUAAAAAUCCAUCGAGUCGUCUUGAGCUCUGAGUUCCGGAUAGACUGUAGUAUCUUUUUGAUAUGUACAACAUUGACUAUCUAUUUGAAUUUUACAUACUUUAUGCAAGACUUGUUGUUAUUUCACUUCUGGUCUUGUAUGGAAAUCUGUGAGCUGUAUUGUCAAGAAAAGAGCAAAGACAAAGGAGUUUAAGCUGUUGUUGAGUUUAACUACAUUACUCAAUUAGUUGUCUCGCAAGUUCAUUUAGAUUUAGUUUUUACUGAUAAUUGUUACAGAGCAUUUUUGCGUAUUUAUUAGCAGUUGACAGUCUAGUCUUGUAGUCGGUCGUUGAGAAUCAGUCUUGGGUUCAUAUUUCAAAGAUGUUUUUCAAGAAACCAGUUAAACACUUAGUUGAGUGUUUUGGUCAGUAUAAAGAGUUACUUUCCGUAUGAUAGUUUUUGUCUUUUAUGUGACUCUUUUCAAGAUGGAAAACUUGGUCUGUAACUCUGCAACAGGUUUUAUAGUGUAAACGAACGAUAUUCGCACUCUUUGUAAAAUUCAUUCCUUUUCCAGAAUAGCAAAGGAAAGUCUCGAGAACAU